AUGAGAAUCGUACAACUUACGCGCCAACGUGGGAUUUUUAUAGUUUUAUAGUUUUUAUAAGUAUUAUUCAUGUAGAAAAAGUAUAUAAAUAUGAUGUUUUAGAUAUAUAAUAUUAAAAAAAGUAUAGUUUAAGUCAAGACAAUCAUGGAAUCUGGAGAAUCAUUUUUAUCGUGUGCUGCGACUGUGGAAUGGAUGACUGCGCAAGGAUCUGUGACAAGAAAAAUAACUUUAAAAACAGCAUCUCUACGAUUAAUAAGGAAUGAAUUUCGGGAAAUGUUUAUGGAAGUUAGUAGUGAGAAACAAGCAGCAACUAGGUUAGCUUUAAAAGGGAUCAAUGUUUUUAAGAAAUUUAUGGCUGAAGGAAAAGCAAGUAUAAAGUUUCAAGAAGCUGGCUGCACGGUAUUUAUAUCUAACGCACCACCGACAAAUCUCGUUUAUUUCCUUCGCACAAUAUUCGUAAAGAUGACUGGUGAUAGAGAACAAUCUACCAACAAAACACCAUCAAAACAGACAGUUCGAGCUAAAUUAUUAAGUGGGAAAGCUCAAGCCUUUGAAGAAAUCAGUCCCGUUACAGUGGCCGACUUGUGUAAUGCUAAGAACAAAAUCAGUAAAUCAACAACAACCACACCAUCUCCUCCUGCAAAGAAAAGAAAACAAGAGGAUGUUGCCCGGGGACCUGCUCCUAAGAAAUUGUAUUCUCCAUCUCCUUUAACAACAGCAAGUACAUUAAACCCAGAACAGAAGAGAGUAUUGGAAGCUUGCCUUGGAGGCAAGAAUAUAUUCUUUACAGGGUCAGCAGGAACGGGGAAGAGUUAUUUAUUAAAGAGAAUUGUUGCAGCCUUACCUCCAGAUGUUACAAUGCCUACUGCGUCUACUGGUGUGGCUGCUUGCCAUAUAGGUGGAACAACAUUGCAUGCUUUUGCUGGAAUAGGAGAUGGUAGUGGAACAGUAGAAAAGUUAUGUGAAAAAGCUUUAAAGUUGCCUCUGGUUGCGCAGAAGUGGAGAAAAUGCAAACAUCUCAUUAUUGACGAAAUAUCCAUGGUGGACGGAGCCUAUUUUGAGAAAUUGGAAGCAGUAGCAAGACAUGUUAGGAGAAAUGAUAAGCCAUUUGGAGGAAUCCAGCUCAUUCUGUGUGGAGAUUUCUUGCAGCUUCCUCCUGUUGUAGAUAAAACAAAAGCUGCUAAGAAAUUUUGUUUUCAGACUUCAUGUUGGGAGAAAUGUAUCGAUCUGUGUUUUGAAUUAAAAGAAGUACACAGACAGACUGACCAGGAAUUUAUAUCAAUACUGAAUAGCAUAAGAAUAGGCCGUGUAACAAAAGAGAUAAGUGAGCGUCUUGUUCAAACUGCAAGACAGAAGAUAGAAAGUGACGGUAUUCUUGCAACUAGAUUGUGUUCCCAUACAAAUGACUCAAAAAUGAUAAACAAUUCCAAAUUACGUGAUUUAGAAGGAGAAGAAAAGGUAUAUUCAGCCCAAGAUAGUGAUAGUGCAACGAGCCUGCUAGAUAUGCAAACUAUUGCACCUGCAAAAUUAGUUUUAAAAGUAGGUGCUCAAGUUAUGUUGUUAAAGAAUAUUAAUGUAAAUGCUGGAUUAGUAAAUGGAGCUAGAGGUGUAGUAGUAAAAUUUGAUGAAGGUUUACCUGUAGUUAGAUUUAAAAAUAAAAAGGAAUAUACUGCAAAAACAGAAAGGUGGUACGUGAAAAAUGCUAAUGGAUCUCUUUUAUGUAGAAGACAAGUACCUCUGAAUUUGGCUUGGGCAUUCUCUAUACAUAAGUCUCAAGGACUAACAUUGGACUGUGUUGAAAUGUCACUGUCCAAAAUAUUUGAAGCUGGACAAGCUUAUGUGGCUCUAAGUAGAGCACAAAGUUUAAACACCUUACGAGUAUUAGACUUUGACUCAAGACAUGUGUGGGCCGACCCUAGUGUUUUAGAAUUUUACCAGAAAUUCAGACGAAGACUUCAGCAAAUGGAAAUUAUACCGCUGGGCAGACCAUUAUCUGAUAAAACGAAUAGAAAAGGAAAAUUAAGGGAUAUUAUAGAAAAACAACUAAGAAGAAAGUAAUGAUAAGACUGAAAUAAGGCUAAUUUAAAUUUACCAUAGAUUAAUUUGUGCUACUAUUUAUUUUCUAUACUGACAUUCGGAGACUGAGUUUUGGGUAUUUAAUAUUGAAAUAAAGAUUUUUAAAUUUAAA